CAGAACGUCAGGAAAACAUGCUGCUGCUUCUGAACAUUGUCGGCUCCAUCAGCCUCCUCUCAGGACAAGUCCGGGUGUCUGCGGUUGCCACGGAGACGGUUGUGGGCGUGGCCGGGAGGGCGGUGAAGCUGCCCUGUCGCUCCGAGGCGGCGAAGCAGGGAAAGGUGGAGGUGUGCUGGGGGAGGGGCCAACCGUCCAUCUUCACCUGCCACAACACAGUGAUCAACAGCGCCAGAGACCACGUGACUUACCAGAAGUCGGACAGGUACUCCGUGUCCUCGUCUUCAUCUCUGUCCAUACUGGACUCCCAGCUGUCAGAUGCUGGUUUCUAUCACUGUAGAGUUCAGCUGCCAGGACCUUUCAACGACGAGUCGUUCAUCGUCCACCUCAUCAUCAUCAGCCAUAAUCAGGAUGUGGAGAACGUGAACACGCCACGCGCCACAACAGGUUACAACACAGCAACGACAGGAAGUGAUGUCAGAGAAGGUGACGGAACAGAACCAAUAAUGGCUCAUGUUCAGUCACGUGAUCAGCAGGAGGACGUACACGACACUCUGCAGAUGUUUGUUGGAAACGCUUUGAGACUGUCCUUCAUCGUGUUCAUCCCUGCUCUACUGCUGACUGCUGCUUACAGAGUUUGGAGAUCUAAAUGGAGAUCAGAGACCAACAGAAUGCCAGACCAAUCAGAGUUCGAGGAGGACAGCUCCGUCUGAGGAAGAGAGUCAACUUUGGUCAAAGUCGACGCUUCUUUUUUUUAUUCUCUUCUUUCCUUAGUCAAAUAAGUAGAAGGGUCCACUUCACUGAAAAACUGAAAUCCUUUUACUGUCAGCACCUAGCAGUUUUACUUUAUGAUUAAUGAAAACAGAGGUGAACAACAGGAGUCUGUGUCAAGACUGCUGAUUUUUAAUAAUAACAAUAAAAAGACUAUUUUCUACCUUUCCUCAUGUUACUUUUUACUCGUGACAUUUUUGUCAGGCCAAGACAUUUUUUUUAACGUUGUCUUCUCUCUGAGGAGCUGAGUUGUCCUGCAGCUCAGGGAUCUUUAGAUCCUCUUGGCUUCUUCUCGGGAUCUUGCCUCAGAAACUCAGUUGGUCCUCUUCUGAAGCUGAAAAAAAAGCUUGUAUUUAUUCUUAAACAGCUUUUAGUAGCAGUUAUUUAAAAUGGUUGUGAUUAGUUUCACCAAUUACACUCGUUUCGUUGAUCCUCUUCCUGUAAAUCCAACAGCAUCUCCAAGAUCUCCUUUCUGCUACCAAUAUUUAGAAACAGCGCCCCCAAAAUCUCACCAGCUGCAAAAAAGUGUAUUACAUCCGUAGUGUUAAAAACUACUAUAGAGAAUGAAUGGGAGAAGUUAGAGAGUUAAACUGAUCUUCUUUGCUCAAGUUAUGUUUAUUUUGUUCCAAAGAUCGUCUGAACGCAGGUUUGAGUAACGAUUGCAGCAAGUCUGUCAGAUGUUAUCACAUGUUAACAAGUAUUGUUGUAAAAUGAUAACGAUAAACUCUCUAAGUGGUAAAUCAUUUUAUAAUCAUCUAUUAUAUUUUUUUUUUAUUACACUGUCUUUGCUUAUUCUUAUGGUAACCCGAUGGCAACUAACACUCAGGGUAUAUAGAGCAUAGUUCCAUUUCAGUCGUGUUUUAUUAAGGUCUCAACAUUAAAAACCAGCAGUAUUUAAAUCAAAAUGUAAAAAUAUUAAUGCAAAACUAUCUGAAUUAAACAUGUUUUACCCUGUACAUUUGUCAAGGAUGUAAAUUCUGUCUAUGGAAACCGAAGCAUUUUGUUUGACCAAAUGCUUCAACCCCAAAGUUGAAGAAAAGACGAAUGUUGAC